GUACCGCUCCGGGUAAGAGGAAACCCCAAAGUGCUUGGGCUCAACCAGCUUUCCCCUUUUCUUUCUCCGUCUUUUCGCUCACGCCCAUUGGACGCGCGCACACUCAGGACAAGAAUGGCAGCAUCAUCUGCACAGAGAACAAACGGGCCCUGCAAAAAAUUGGCUUUUGUUUUGCUUCUCACCGUCUCACUCUUAAAAGCAGGAGUCAUGGCACAGGAAGAUGCCAUAACGACAGUGUCACCCGUGGUAUCAGAGGCAAAGAUUCCACUGACCACUAAAGCUCAGGAGGAUCCACAAAAGGUGGUUUUCCCCACUAUUGGAUCUCUAGAGCCUACUGAACAGACUACAGCUGCAGCAGCCACAGAAGAGGCAGGAGACCAAAACGACAAUGUGGCUCCACAGGAGGCAGCUAAGGAAGCCGAGUUCACAGUUGAGGUCCAUACUGAUAUACCAAGAAGAGAACCACUGGAAUCAGAAACCCCAGCUCCUAUGCCCCCCAGAGGCGAUGGUCCAGUCAACAUACCACGGCCGGUGCCAAAGGAUGAUGUUGUCUGUGUCAGCAAAGAGGCGGUCCAGGACAAAAAUGCUGUCAGUCUAAAACUCAAGGCAACCUCCAACUGUGAAGACACCAAAAUGAAGCUCGAAAGUGUUCUGCAGGAGCUGUGUGGUGAAGACUGUAAACUAGAGAUCUUCCAGGAGGACAACUCUGAUGAAAUUAUUGUAUCUGGAAAGUAUGUCGAAGCUGAUAUUUCCGGCAUGGCUAACAAGUUCAACAAUGACAACGUCAAAGAUAAGACUGAUGUGGAGGAGGCUGUUCCUCGUUGGGGAAAGAAGUCUAAGCUGGUACUGGUUUCCUUGCUGCUGACUGGCCUGCUGCUGGCUGCACUUCUGGUAGCGGGUUAUUAUCUCAAGACCCACCGCAAGAACUCCAAAGGAGUCAGACUGGCUGAAUCUUUCCAGGUGGAUGAGGAGAACCAGGCCAACACUCUGGUGUCUGUGGCUCCGUUGCCACAGGAGCCCCUUGACAAACCGACUGUCAAUGGCGAGUCUCCACCAGAAAAUGGGACCAAUCCUGCCCCCACCACUAACGGACACUCUGCCACCCAGACCCCAGUGGCUGACACGGAGAUGUGAAUCACGACACCCCCGACCUCCUGUUCUAUCCAUCACCCACAGGGACAUGUUACCCACAAGCCCAUCUUUUGCCUCUGAGACUGUCCACACACUGAGACAAAUUCAACAUGUUUCCACCAAACAUAUUCACUUCCUUCUUCCUCUCUUCAACCUACACCUCUCGGGAUGAUGAUGACAACGAUGAAGUUUAUGACGAUGAUGACGAUAAUAACAAUGCCUCUAAUGUGAAAAGUUUGGGAUCACUGGCCUUUGCCGGUGUCAAGAGGAGCCAGUACAUACACUGUGUUUGGGACUCCUCAGCAGGGCACUGACUGGGAUUUGUUAGCUGCCCUGACUUCAAUUCAGUUGUAACAACCAUUGUAGACUAACCAAAUAAUGCCAAAUGUGCUGUCAAGCCCAGGCAAAGAAGCACAGAAUGCUCUAUUAUUUCAAUCCACACUUGUGUGGCAAUGAAACCAAUGACGCCAGGCAGUUGAAAGGAGACCAGUUUUGUACUGUUGUAAAAAGGACGCUCACUGCUUGAUUAUUUUUCAUUUCUUUUCUUUCUUUCUUUUUUUUACAUGAUUCAGGAAAUGUUUGAUUUUUCCUUCAUAACAUGGAAAUGUCAGCUGGAAACCAUUAGUAUUUACCUCAGUGCUUUAGACUGAUAAUAAAGAACAACUAAAUCUUGAAAACUACUGACCUUUGGUCAAAGUCUAAUGGGGAUAAGUUGCAAAGUACAUCUGUUUUUGUGGUCAUGCAGUGAUUUUCAUAAUGAGAUUAGUGUACAUGUUUUAUCUUUUUUAAAAAAAACACGUGCCAAUUUUUCUUAUUGUCUUUGGGAAUGGUGAAGCACAGCAGCAUUUUUAAAUAAAAAGAAAAAGGAAAAGUGCAGAAAAUGCAAAUUGAAAAGGUUUUAAGUUGCCAAGCUGUUAAAACAAAAUCAAUGCCAUGGAAUUCCUACACAGCAUAAAGCAGGUUCAGCAUUCCCAGGACUACCUUUAUCUCCUUGUUGAUAUAAAACAUUUUCUACACGAGUGAUACACCUUUGUUAGCUCCUCUUUUAAACAAUGGCUACUUUCAUAAUGUGCUGCAUGUGUAAAUAUGCCUGCUUUCUCUGUUAGUAGUACCUGUGCCUGACCCAUAAACUGUGAUUUCUGACAACA